UGAGGAUCAAAUUGGGGUACAGUCAUCGAGGGAUUACAGACAAGUUAACAUCACUAGCUUCAUUAUGAAAUUGUUUCUCCUAGCCGUCGCUCUAAGCGCAGCAUCAGCGCAGCUCCCGCCAUACCUGGCGAGGAACCCUGUCGCUCCAGCCUACUACCCUCAGUACCAGGCGCGCGCGCGGGCCGGCCUGGAUCGCGGCGCCCAGAUCCUGCGCUCCAGCUCCGAUGUCAGUGAGAGAGGGUUCCAGUACGCGUUUGAGACGGAGAAUGGCAUCCAAGCCCAAGAGUCCGGGGUAGAAGCGAACGGCAUCCAGGCGCAGGGGGGCUACUCCUACGUGGGCGACGACGGGCAGGUCUACUCCGUCACCUACACCGCCGACGGGAACGGCUUCCAGGCGCAAGGAGCCCACCUGCCCACGCCGCCCCCCAUCCCGGAAGCCAUCGCUCGCUCGCUGCUGCAGAACGCACAGGACGAGGCCAACGGCAUCUUCGAUGACGGCUCCUACCGCGAAGGCAAGUACAGCUCCGGAGGAGCAGUGGUGGCGGCGCGCGCCCAGUACCCGCGACCCGCCUUCAGACAGCGCCCUUACUACUGAAGACAAAGAUAGUGUUGCACUGUGCCAUUGAUGAGAUUAUUGAAUAAAGGAGUUUUGUUGGGAAAUACAA